AUGGCGCGGGCCCGGGCGCCGCUGCUCCCGCUGCUCCCGCUGCUGCUGCCGCUCGGGAUCCUGGCCGGGCGCGGGGUGCGGAGCGUCUCUUCCCAAAUCGGUGCUUUUGCCGACAGCCUCCACCUGCAGGCCAAGCUGGUUCUUGUGCCCGCAGGCGGAGAGGUCUCCAGAGCGCGCCCUAGGCUGGCUGGCCUUGACUAUGGGCAGCAGGCACCGUCCCAUUCCCUGGUCCCUGCUGAGACCCUGGAGGAGAGGCUGGAGCAGCUGGAGACCGAGGUGACCGACCUCAGAAAGCAGAACAGGGACUUGCGAGCCAGGGUGCUGCAGCUAGAGUCCUGUGAGUGCUGGGGGCCGGGUCGCUCCUGUCCCGAAGGAGCUCGCUGGGAGCUGGAUGCUUGCCUGGCCUGCGUGUGCCAUGAUGGGGCCUCACACUGCAGCCCCCGGCCCGGCCUGCCCCACUGCCGAGGCUGCAGCCACCAUGGCCAGUCUUACGGUCCCGGGGAGACCUUCUCCCCAGAUGCCUGCAGCACCUGCCGCUGUCUGGAGGGAACUGUGCAGUGCCGGGGGCCUUCAUGCCCGGAGCUCAACUGUCUGGACAGCUUCACCCCACCUGGAGAAUGCUGCCCCGUCUGCCGGCCAGGCUGUGAGUACGAAGGGCAGCUGCACGAGGAAGGGGCCAGCUUCCUGUCCAGCUCGAACCCAUGCCUCCAGUGCUCCUGUCUGAGGAGCCUGGUCCGGUGUGUGCCUGUGAGCUGCCCGCCAAGCCCCUGCCCCGAGCCAGUCCGGAGGCCUGGGCACUGCUGCCCAGCCUGCCGCGCCUCAGGCUGCACAGAAGGUAACUCUCACAGGGACCAUGGCCAAGAGUGGACAGCUCCUGGAGACCCCUGCCGAAUCUGCCAGUGCCUGGAGGGCCACAUCCGGUGCCGCCAGCGGGCGUGUGCCAGCCUGUGUCCGUAUCCUGCCAGGCCCCUUCCUGGCACCUGCUGCCCGGUGUGUGAUGGCUGCUUCCUGAAUGGGCGGGAGCACAGCAGCGGGGAGCCUGUGUGGUCCCAGGACCCCUGUUCCCGCUGCCGCUGCGCUAACGGGAGCAUCCAGUGUGAGCCUCUGCCCUGCCCACCCGCACCCUGCAGAUCCCCGGGCAGGAUCCCCGGGCAGUGCUGCCCCGCCUGUGAUGGCUGUAACUACCAGGGACACGAAUAUCGGAGCCAGGAGAGUUUCACCCUUCAAGAGAGCGGCCGCUGCCUUCGGUGCCUCUGCCAGGCCGGAGAAGUAUCCUGUGAGGAGCAGGCCUGCCCGAUGGCCCCCUGUGCCCACCCUGCAUCUGGCCCCCAGCUCUGCCCAGCCUGCGUGCUCAAUGGUGAGGAGUUCGCGGAGGGCGCCCAGUGGGAGCCAGAUGGACAGCCCUGUACUGCCUGCUCCUGCCGCCAUGGGGUGCCUGAGUGCGGGCCCGUGCCCUGCCCGCCGGCGCCCUGCCAGCACCCCACCCAGCCGCCUGGUGCCUGCUGCCCCGGCUGCGAGGGCUGUGCCUACCGCGGCCUGGUGUUUGCCAACGGGCAGAACUUCACAGAUGUGGACAGCCCUUGUCACGCCUGCCGCUGCGAGGGCGGGACUGUGAGGUGUUCGUUGAUCAACUGUCCUUCCACAACCUGUGCCACGCCCCAGAAGGGACCAGGCCAGUGCUGCCCCAGGUGUCCAGACUGCGUCCUGGAGACUCAGGUGUUUGUGGAUGGGGAGCGCUUCCCUCACCCGAGAGACCCGUGCCAGGAGUGCCGGUGCCAGGAAGGCCAAGCUCGCUGCCAGCCUCGAGCCUGCCCCAGCGCCCGCUGCGGGCACCCCCUGCCCAGCGCCUGCUGCAGGGCGGACUGCACAGGCUGCGCCUUUGGCGGGAAGGAGUACCCCAACGGAGCGGACUUCCCGCACCCCACCGACCCGUGCCGCUGGUGUGGCUGCCUGGGCGGCACCGUCCAGUGCCUGGCGCGCCGCUGCCCGCCGCUGCCCUGUGCCGAGCCGGCCCUGCCUCCGGGAGAGUGCUGUCCGCAGUGCCCAGAUGCCCCUCCUGACUGCCCGCGGCCGGGCGACACGGCCCCCGCCCGCCCCCCGGACGACCCCUGCAGCCGCUGCCUCUGCCGGGACGGCGCCGUGGCCUGCCAGCGACUGCCGUGCCCCCCUGCGCCCUGCGCGCACCCGCGCCGGGGCCGCUGCUGCCCCUCCUGCCACGGCUGCCUGUACCGGGGGACGGAGUUUGCCAGCGGGGAGCGCUUCCCGGACCCCAGCGCCGCGUGCCACGUGUGCCUCUGCUGGGAGGGCAGCGUUAGCUGCGAGCCCAAGGCGUGUGCCCCCGCGCAGUGCCCCUUUCCCGCCAAGGAAGACUGCUGCCCUGCCUGUGAUGGCUGUGAGUAUCUGGGGGUGUCCUACCUGAGCAGCCAGGAGUUCCCCGACCCCCGGGAACCCUGCAGCCUGUGCACCUGCCUUGGAGGCUUCGUGACUUGCACCCGACGGCCCUGUGAGCCUCCAGCAUGCAGCCACCCACUCACUGUGCCUGGGCACUGCUGCCCGACCUGUCAGGGAUGCCUGUACCUCGGGGUGGCUGCGGCCCUCGGAGAGAGCCUUCCUGACCCUCUUGACCCCGCCUGCUCUGUCUGCACUUGUGAGGAAGGCUCCAUGCGCUGUGGAAAGAAGCCAUGUCCUCCGGCUCUCUGCACGCAGCCCUCCCCAGGCCCCUGCCUGUGCCCUGUCUGUCGCGGCUGCCUCUUUCAAGGCCGGGAGUACCCAGAUGGGGAGGAGUUUGAGGGACCCGAGGGCAGCUGCGAACGCUGCCUCUGCUGGGCCGGCCGCGUGAGCUGUGCCAGGCUUCGGUGCCCGCCUCUGCCCUGCUUGCUUCAGGCCACCGAGCCAGGGACCUGCUGUCCUCGGUGCACAGGCUGCCUCGCCCGUGGGGAGGAGCACCCUGAAGGCAGCAGCUGGGCGCCCGCCGACAGCCCCUGUUCCUCCUGCGUGUGUCACAAGGGCGUCAUCACAUGUGCCCAAAUCCAGUGUGUCAGCGUCUGCGUCCAGCCCGAGCAGGGUCCCGGGGACUGCUGCCCUCGAUGCCCCGGCUGUGAGCACGAGGGCAGGAAGUACGAGCCUGGGGAGAGCUUCCAGCCGGGGGCAGAUCCCUGCGAGGUGUGCCUCUGCGAGCUGCAGCCCGAGGGGGCCCCCAGCCUUCGCUGCCGCCGGCGGCAGUGCCCCAGUCUGGUGGGCUGCCCGCCGGGCCAGCUUGCCCCGGCCGGCCCCGGCCACUGCUGCCCCACCUGCGUGGAGGCUCUGAGGAACUGCACGGAGGACCUGCAGGGGUCUGAGCUGGUGCCAGGGGACCCCUGCUACACCUGCCGGUGUCAGGACCUGACAUGGCUCUGCACGCACCGGGCGUGUCCUGAGCUCAGCUGUCCCCUGUGGGAGCGUCACACAGCCCCUGGCAGCUGCUGCCCCGUGUGUAAGGGCCCCGCGCAGUGGUGCGCGCACCAGGGCCGCCGCGUGGCCUCCGGGGAGCGCUGGGCGGCGGACGCCUGCACCCGCUGCUCCUGCGCGGCGGGGGCCGUGCGCUGCGAGAGCCGGCGCUGCGGGGAGCUCGCGUGCGGCCCGGACGAGACCCCCGCGCUGAGCCCCGGCCGCUGCUGCCCCCGCUGCCUGCCCCGGCCGGCCUCCUGCCUGGCCUUCGGAGGCCCCCACUACCGCACCUUCGACGGCCGCCUGCUGCACUUCCGGGGCGGCUGCAGCUACGUGCUGGCGCGGGACUGCGGGGGCGAGGACUUCAGUGUGCACGUGACCAACGACGCCCGCGGCCGCAGCGGCGUGGCCCGGACCCAGGAGGUGGCGGUGCUGCUGGGCAGCCUGGCUGUGCGGCUGCUGCCGGGCCCGGCGGUCACGGUGGACGGGCUCGCCGUGGCCCUGCCCUUACUCCGGGAGCCGCUGCUCUACGUCGAGCGCCGAGGCCGCACGGUGACCCUGCACGCCCAGCCUGGCCUCCAGGUGCUGUGGGACGGGCAGGCCCAGGUGGAGGUGCGGGUCCCCGGCUCCUACCGCGGCCGCACCUGCGGGCUGUGUGGGAACUUCAACGGCCUGGCCCAGGACGACCUGCAGGGCCCCGACGGGAGGCCCCGGCGCUCGGAGGCCGCCUUCGGGAACAGCUGGAAGGUCCCCGAGGGCCCAGGGCCCGGGCGGCCUUGCCCCGCGGGCCGGGAGGUGGACCCGUGCCGGGCCGCCGGCUACCGCGCCCGGCGCGAGGCCAACGCGCGCUGCGGGGCGCUCAAGGGCCCGUCGUUCCGUCGCUGCCACGCCGUGCUGCCGCCCGAGCCCUUCUUCGCCGCCUGCGUGUACGAUCUGUGCGCCUGCGGCCCGGGGCCCGCGGCCGGCGCCUGCCUGUGCGCCGCCCUGGACGCCUACGCCGGCCUGUGCCGCCAGGCGGGCGCCGCCCCCGAGGGGAGGACCCCGACGGCCUGCGUGCCGGGCUGCCCCGCGGACCGCGGCUUCGUGUUCGCCGAGUGUGGACCGCCCUGUCCCCGAACCUGCUUCAACCGGCACCUGGCCCCGGGGGAGCUGGCGGCCCAGUGCGCGAGGCCCUGCGUGCCCGGCUGCCAGUGCCCCGCGGGCCUGCUGGAGCACGAGGGCCACUGCGUCCUGCCGGAGGCCUGCCCGCCCGUCCUGCUGGCUGGAGACUAGCUGCCGCGGCCUCAGCCGGGUCCGCCCGCCCAGAAGCCACGCCCGGGGCCCGGGGAGCGGGGCCGGCCUCCCCGCCGCAUAGGAAUAAACGCCACCUUG